CGUUUGGUCGUUCAGUCGUUAUCAAAGAGUUUUGGUGACCGCAUUGCACCUACCUAUCGUCGCCCGACGUUCAUUGUUAUUAUUCUUUUGCGGUCGCGCGACUUGACAUUGACCGCCAAAAUUGAAUUAAUUUUAUUUUUGUUUCGUUUAAUUGUUUUUUUUAACGCGAAUCGAUUUUUUUUCUUAAAAAAAGAAAAUGCAGCAUUUUACAAAAAUCCUUGCAACUUUGCUUCUUUUCUAUUUAAACCAAUUUGGAUUGGUUUACGGACACGGAAGACUUAUGGACCCCCCAGCUAGGAAUUCCAUGUGGAGGUUCGGGUUCCCUAACCCUGUCAAUUAUAAUGAUAACGAGUUGUAUUGCGGAGGAUAUACAGUUCAGUGGGAACAAAACGAAGGAAAGUGCGGAAUAUGCGGAGAUCCUCAUCACGUUGAGGAGCCGAGGCCUCACGAGGCCGGAGGCAUGUUUGCUAAAGGAAUCAUUACCAGACAUUACAGUGUAGGCCAAAAUAUAGAUGUAGAGGUUGAACUAACUGCAAACCAUUAUGGUCGCUUCGAAGUCUUCAUUUGCCCAAAUAAUAACGACAAACAGGAGGCAACGCUGGAUUGUUUCGAGAAGUUUCCUUUGUAUCUGGCUGGUACUAAGGAAGUUGCCUUCCAAAUUCCAGAAGAUGGAGUCAAAAAAGCUGUAUUUAGGUACCAAGUUCAGCUUCCACCUUACGUCACCUGCACCCAGUGUGUAUUUCGUUGGGUGUAUUUUACGGGAAAUCAAUGGGGAGUUUGUGACAACGGGACCUACGCAGUCGGUUGUGGAAAGUCUGAGACGUUUAUUAACUGUGCCGAUAUUGCCAUUACUAGUAAUGCAGGUGGUGCCAUUCCUCCACUAUUCAUUAACGGAGACAACCCUUACCAACUCUACUAUCAAGACUUACGGUUGGCAUCACCUUUCAACCUCUUCCCUCUGGUUAUUAGGGACCAAGUGUGCGUUUCUUCGAAAUAUUACAGAAUGAUCCCAGGCAUUGACGACUGGUGCCAAAAGAAUUGCUUGAGGUAUCCACCGAAUUGCCCUGCAGAGAUCUGCGAAUGCCCGUCGACUUGUGACGCUGUGGGAGACUUCAAAGGACAAACAGGAGCCGAUGUUUACUGUAUGGAUCAAUGUCUGGUUUACCCUGCUAAUAAGUGUCCAAGGAAGCAGUGCGAGUGCUACGAAGAAGAUAAUAAUAUAGAAACCCUAGCUUGAACGAUACGUAUAACUUUUAUAAUUAAAUAAAUUUAAACGAAUAGAAUGUA